CAAAUAACCAGCCCCAAGCGUCCAAGCACCUUCAAGCAAACCAACAACCAUUGCAUUACCACAGCUUGACCUUAACUUGAAGCAGAACAGAAACGUAAUAUCUUCAAGCACAAAUACCCAACAAGUAGUCGGUUAUCCACUACGAAAAACAUUAAUUAUGGCUCCCAAGAAUGAUGCAAAUGAGGGUGGAAACCCCACCGGAUUUGAUCACAAGUUCUUCUACACUCUAUCCAAGCAUCUUCCGAGGAGCGUAGAAGUGGACUGGGCUGCAUUUACCGCUGAGAUGGAGUAUCGCGACGUAUCGACUGCCAAAAUGAGAUUCGGCCAGGUUCGAAAGAAGUUUGGUGUUGGCCAUCCCACGGGUACCCCUUCGCAGUCUCCUUCCAAGAUCACCAAGGCUCCAAGGAGUAAGAAGGUCAAGGGUGGCGCGAAAGGCCGCCCCAAGAAGAUUGCAAGCAGCGACGAUGAUGACUUUGACGUUAAGGGGGUCAAGAAGGACUCGGAUGACGAGGUCAAAAAUGCGCUCAAGAGCGAGAGUGAGACCGAUAGUUCCCACGGCAAAAUGAAGCGCCAUGGUGUUUCCGCCACUGUCUAACUUAUCACCUGAGUUUGAGGGAUCAAGGUUGAGAAGGGAUUUGGGACGAAUGAUUACGAUUGCGCUUAUUUUCAAUUUUUUUUCCUUUCAUGUCAGAUAACACAACGUCCUACCACGAUGAUUUCGAGCUUUUAAGCUCUAUGAUAGAUAUGGGUCUUCUUUAAAGGGCAGCUAAUGAUCAUUUACACGAUGAAUUAAUGGUAUCAUAUAUCAAAUAUCGGAUAUGCCCCUACACCUGAAAAUAACAACCUC